ACUGAUCAUGGGGAGACGGUCAUGGCCAGCCUCUAACUCCCCACCCACGCGCGCGCGUCUCUGUCCUCCCCAUCGCCGGCGGCACGUCUGCGCCCCCGCCCGCGCUGUCGGUUACCUCGACCGACGUCGCGGCUAAUCAGUUCGCGACGCGUGCGGUUGCCUGCGUGGUUUUAAUCCUCCUUUCAUGGAUGCAACCGAUCGGCCGCGCACAGGCAGGGAAUAAAUUACUAUCUCGCCAGAGAAGCUUGGAGGGAUCGAUCGAUUGACAACAAUGGCGCGCUGCGUGCGGUGCUGCUGCUGCCUCCUGGUGCUGCUGCUCGUGGCGCUCGGCGUCACGGCCGUCGUCGUGUUCCUCCGCCACAGGAACGGCGGCGGCCCCGUCGUCCCCGGCGGCAUCGAUCGCAAGUACGCCGAGGCCCUCGCCGUCGCCCUGCAGUUCUUCCAGGUCCAGAAAUCCGGGAAGCUGGUGAACAACAAGAUCCCGUGGAGGGGCGACUCGGCGGAGGACGACGGGCAGGAGGCCGGGCUGGACCUGUCCAAGGGGAUGUACGACGCCGGCGACCACAUCAAGUUCGGCUUCCCCAUGGCGUUCACGGCCACCAUGCUGUCGUGGUCCGUCCUCGAGUACGGCGGCGCCAUGCAAGCCGCCAAGCAGCGGGACGCCGCCCUCGACGCGCUGCGCUGGAUCAUGGAUUACCUCCUCAACGCGCACCCCUCCGCCGAUGUCCUCUACAUUCAGGUAGGCGACCCUGAAGCCGACCACAAGUGCUGGGAGAGGCCGGAGACCAUGUCCGAGAAGCGGCCGCUGACCAAGAUCACCGCCAAGUCCCCCGGCAGCGACGUGGCGGCCGAGACGGCGGCCGCCAUGGCCGCGGCGUCGCUGGUGUACAAGCCCAUCAACGAGUCAUACUCGUCUUCCCUCCUCGAGCACGCAGAGCAGCUCUUCGCCUUCGCCGACCGGCACAGGGGUGCCUACACGCGCACCUUCCCGGAGCUCAGCAAGUACUACAACUCCACCACGUACCAGGACGAGCUCCUGUGGGCGAGCGGCUGGCUCUUCCACGCCACGGGGAACAACAGCUACCUCGCGUACGCCACCGGCAAGAACGGCGAGGACUUCGCCGACCUCGGUAACCCCAGGUACUUCAGCUGGGACGACAAGCGACCGGGGACGCAGGUUCUUCUGUCGAGGGCGAGCUUCUUUGCGUCGCAGGGAUCUGGUCUCGCCACGGACAAUGGCCUCGAGUCGUACAAGCAGACCGCCGAUGCCGUCAUGUGCAUUCUCCUGCCGGACUCUGAAACUGCCGCAUUCAGAACUGAAGGGGGGUUGCUGUAUGUCGCCGAGUGGAACUCGCUCCAGCACCCGGUGGCCUCCGCCUUCCUCGCCGCCGUUUACAGCGACUACAUGCUGACCUCGGGGAAGACAGAGCUCAGGUGCGGCGGGCAGAGCUUCGCGCCGGCGGACCUGCGCAAGUUCGCCCAGUCCCAGGCGGACUACGUGCUGGGGGAUAACCCGAUGAAGCUGAGCUACCUGGUCGGGUACGGCGACAGCUACCCGCAGCGGGUGCACCACCGGGGCGCGUCGAUCCCGGCGGACGUCGACACGGGGUGCGGCGGCCAGGAGUGGCUCAACACGGCGGAGGCCAACCCGAACGUGGCCAUGGGCGCGCUCGUCGGAGGCCCCUUCAAGAACGACUCGUUCGUGGACGAGCGGCAGAACGUGAUGCAGAACGAGGCCACCACGUACAACAGCGCCCUCGUCGUCGGCCUCCUCUCCAGCCUCCUCACCACCUCCUCCGUCGCGCAGUCCUUGUCGUCGUGAUUGAUUCGAUGCUCUCGAUGGAGUCCUAACCUGCUAGCCAACUAAUUAUUUGUGUAGAUUAAGUGAUCAACUCGUGGUCCAACUGAAUUACUGAACUGAUAUAUGAUUUUACCAGUCACUACGACUCAGUAGGAGAUCACACUGAAUUGUGUAGGUUGUUGUAUUGUACUAUCGUGGAAGAAUUCAGAAUCUGUACAUGGCAUUAUGGUAAUAUGAUAGUACUGACAAGAGUGUUAGCCUGUAAAUCUGUUGUUUACAUUGUGAUCUUCAACUUCAGAA